AUUCCUCGAUUGUUCAUUUCACUUCCCGCGUUUCACAUUCCUGCCAACGACCAUUCACACAGAUUUGCUGCACUGCGCGCAUCAGGGCGAUGGACGGUGACGAUACAGUCCAGACGGAUGGACGGAACGAUGUGAGCGACGCUGCGAGCGCAGUGGAGCAGCGCGCAUGCGACGCACGAGAGCAGGGCUUAGGCUGGGAGGAAGCCGAGGAGUGCGGCGUGGCGCGAGGUGGGUCUGACGGAGCAGCGGCGGGCGGAAGGGCGGAGGCCGGCAGUGCCGUCACGACGCCGCGGAGUGCCGCGUUUCGUGUCGCCGAGUUGCCCGCGCCACGCGCUAAUGGCGGCGCUUGCGUUGAGCGUGAAGACUACCGCGAUGGUGGCAGUGGUGCAACGGAAGCCCGAGAGGCGAGUCACGUGGAUGGCGGGGAAGAGGACCUCACAGCGGGAAUUGCAACCAGCACACGUGGCAUCGCCUUCUCUCCUCUCCAUCCCGCCCCGUCGCCCUCCCCGCUCCUCGGCAGCACUGACGACCUCCGCCUCCCCGCGGCCUCGUCAAGCCCGCGCGCAGUGGCGGAAGCAUGCGCGUGGGCGGUGCGCGAGGACGACAGCGGGCUCGCCGUGGCGUCCAGCACCGACGAGAUGAGCGUGCGCAUGGAGGUGGGCGCGGCGGUGCAGGAGCGGUACAUGGACAUGGCGCUGCUGGCGGACAUGGAGCACGUGCUCGUGCUCGACGGGGGGAACGACGCCGCGCCCCCCGCACACGCGGGGCGGGGCAGGGGCGGGCAACCGCACAGGCCGUUCAGAGGGGCGGAUGGGCGCACGGGGCACGCGGGCGCAGGUGGCGGGGGGGGAGCAUUUGGGGAGGCGGUGCUGGCGGAGGAGGAGCAUAUAGCGCGCGCGGACGUGGUGGGGUCGCGGCUGGUGCAGGGGGAGGUGUCGCUGGGCGACAGGCUGGUGGGCGUGCGCAGCCAUGCCGUGUACCGCAUGCGCGUGCUCGUGCGCAGGGGCCGCGAGUGGGAGGUGGAGCGGCGGUUCCGCGAGCUGGUGGCGCUGCAGCACCACAUGAGCGCGCUGCUCGACGGGCCCCUCGCACUGCCCUACUCGCCGCUCAUGCACUCGCACGCCCUCUCGCCGCCUCUGCACCGCCCACCGCAGUCACAGCCCGCAGCAGCGCCGUCUCCUGUGGCGGCAGCCUGGCAGGCCGUGCGCGAGGAGGCGGGUCGCUUCCUGGGCGGCGCCAGUGGCCCAGCGGUGCAGAGGCGCUGCGAGAUUCUCCAGGCCACGCUCUCUGCCCUCCUCGCUGCAGGCCCCCCCCUCUCCACGGCGCCGCCCCUCCUCUCCUUCCUCGCCCACCCCAUCAUGCAACACUCCCCCUGGGCUGCUCUCGCCCCCACCCCUGCGCCCGACGCUCCUUCAGGCGCAUGGGCGCCCCCCCCUCUGCUGCAGGGGGGCGGAGCGGGGCGGGUGGGCACGUGGCUGGGCAGAGGGCUGUCCGCCUGGCUGCCCCCCGCUCUGCCAAGUGUGCCCUGCUCGCCCCCGGCAAGGGGUCAGGGCAAGGGGGAGACGCUGCCACUGGUGGUAAGGGAUGAUGAGGCGAGUGUGCAGCGGCAGAUGCUGCUGCAGCGACACUGCUGUGCUGCCUGCAGGAGGCCGCUUCUCCCAUACACCCAUGCGCCUCGCUCCUCUGCAUCCGCCCUGCUCUUCUUCCAGCCGCUGCACUCCCUUUCUCUCCCCAUGGCCGCCCCGCGCCUGUGCCACUACACGGGGCGCAUCUUCUGCGGCGCGUGCCAGGGCAGCGAGCGCUGCCCGCUGCCAGGCCUGGUGCUGCGGCACUGGUGCUUCGACGACCGCCCCGUGUGCCAGCUCGCCAAGGCGUACCUCGACUCCACACACGACCAGCCGCUGCUGUGUCUGAGUGCAGUGAGUCCGCUGCUGCCGCGCCGUGUGCCGGUGCUGGCGCACAUCCAGCGCCUGCGUGCGCACCUGGCUGUGCUGCACGCCGCCAUGGGCGCCGCGUGCCCGCUGCGGCGCCACCUGGUGGCGCGUCUGGGGGCGCGGGCGUACCUGGUGCAGCGCGAGAGCGAGGGCUUCUUCGCCAUGCGCGACCUCGUGGACGCAUCCAAGGGCAGAUUCGCCGUGCUGCCGGACAUGCUUGCGCGCCUGGCGUCCUCUCUGCGGCGCCACAUGGCAUCGGGGUGCAUCGAGUGCGCUGCAGCGGCCAGCACGCACUGCACAGCUCAGACUGCAUGCUGCAGCCCCUUUGGCCCCCUCAUCUUCCCCUACGAGGCGUCCUCCACUUCCCGCUGCCAGCAUUGCUCCGCCUCCUACCACUCGUGCUGCCUGCGCCGCACGCGCCUCUGCCUCCUCUGCGCCAACCCCAUCCAGCCCUCUGCCACACCGCGCCCCGCUGCCUCUGCUCCCCUCGUUGCGCCCUCGCCACCCACUGCUGCCUCCCUGGGGGGACCACGCGCGGCAGUUGGCAGCAGCCAAGAGCAUCACGAGGAAGCAAGUGGUGCGGAGCAACGGGCGGGAGGAGGGGACAAUGGGCAGGGCGGAGCCGGUGGGCUCAGGAACUGGGGGCUGGGGCAGUGGGGCAGUAGGCACAAGACAGUGGUGCAAAUGGAAAGCCUUGAGCUGUGAGGCGGACCGGCGCGAUGCUUUGUGGCGCGCACUGAGGAGCAACCUGGAUGGUGUUGUGAUAUAUGAAGUUUUGCAUUCCUGCAAGUUCCGUUAUCAGUGUAGUUACCAGUAUCGAGUUUCUCGGUAAGGAAAUAGGUCCGAGUGCUGACGUCAGCAAAGCAUCGCGAGUCUAGGGAUGGCGUCAGAUACCGUUUCAGUCACGCGAACAGUCGCGACCCUAUAGUAUGACGAAUAGGUCACAUAGCUCGAUAGUGACGAACAGGUACAUUAGCGAACAGAUACUUUCCUAGAGCUAUAAAUCCUUGUAAUGCCUUCCUAUUAUUCAACCUUGUUG